AUGACCACUAUAAUGAUGGGGGAAACCUUAGAUGACAUUGAUGCCCGCCGUAUCUCUCUUGGCACGCUUGCUGGACAGCUUUCGGGUUUAAUUGGUGGGAGUGACGAAGUUAAAAAUGCAAUUUUAUAUGGUUUGCACAGUAACGUAAGUCAGCUUGAAAAGCUUUUAGAAGCAUCUUGCGGAGGUGAGGGGUGUUGUAAGGAUGCUGGUGAGGCAAUUAAUAACCUUAAUGAAUUCAAUGAGAAGCUUAAAAAACACCUUAAUGAGGAACCAAUAGCCGCUGAAAAUCUUGAUAACAUCCUUUCUGACUGCAAGUUAAAUCCGUCUGAUGGUCCCUUAGAUAAGCUUAAUAAGGAAAUUACUCAAAAAAUUGAUGACCUUACUAGGCAAAUUGAUGAGCUUAAAAAUGACAAUAAUGAUGUUAAUAAAAGUAAAAAUGCCUCUGAAAUUGACAAACUUAAUAAGGAUCUUCAGUCUCAUAAUGCUUCCAAGAGGUCUCUUGAGACACUGAAUGGGCUUUGUGAAAUUGCUGAGAAAAUUGAUCAAAAAUCUGAUAACACUAAAAACCUUUUAAAUAACCUCUGUGGAGGUUUAGAAAAGUUUCUCGGCUACCAGGAUGGUAAUUACACCGGAGAAGGAAUUGUGUACUCCGACCUUGACAGGCUGUGUGACGGGGUGAUGGCGUUCCUGCAUUCCGUGCUUAAAGAUGUCCACGCUAAACAGCCUUACAAUGUUGGUAAAGAAGGCUUAAAUGAUGUUAUUAGUAAGCUUUUUAGUAAUUUGUGUUCAGGUUAUCAGGGUUUUCAAGGUGUCAUUACUGAGGUGGCCGCUGGUGUCGAGAGGUAUAAUAGGGAAGUGGAGAGAUCUAACGACAAAAUCAAGACUCCAAUUACAAGGCUACAAGAGCAAGUUAACGACGAUUUUAAGAAACGGGUAAGUGAUGUAUUGAACGAUUAUCUUGUUUCAGGUACUAAGAAGACAUUGUCGGGGAAGGACAUCAAGAAGGUUGAAGAUGCUGUAGAGCAGGUGAAUGAUCUGCUAAAGCGGUGUCAAGAAAAUGCAGCACAAUUUAAUGAAGCUUUAAACACUGAUAAACAAAACAUUAAAGACGCGAUUAAUGACCUAAAUCCUAAUCUUAGAGAUAAGGUGAAUAAAGCACGUGACACCAUUAAGCUUGAGACUGAGCAACUCACUGCGUUGACGAGUAAGCAAAAGACAAAUUUAGAUGAGAUGGUUGCGAGAAUCAAGACUGUGCUUGAAGAGCUUGGCACUUGUGUGAAUAAAAAGAUUAGAGAAAAAGUAACGGAGCUUGUUAACAAUCUGAAGAAGAAAGUUGAGGAGAUUAAAAGACAGUUGGAGAGCAUUAAAAGGGAUCUCACCAGUUAUGUUGAGGAGCUGCGGAAGUGGAUGGAGGACGCGAAAAAGUUUAUUGAUGAAGUGAAAAAGUAUGUGAAAAAAGAACUUGAGGAAAAAAAUGUUGGCAAAAACAUUAGGGAGAAAAUUAACACGCUGGCGACGACGGAUUUGGAUGAGAAGAAGGAUACGCUGGAUAAAUAUAUUAGGGAAACGAAAGAGGCAAUUAAAAAGAAAGUCUCCGAAGCUAAAGAGCAAAAAGUCGGUGAGCUAACAAAAUGGAAAAACGCGGCGGAGGCUGUGAUCGAGAAGGCGCAGGGGAAGUGUACGGAGAUAUUGAAGAGGGUGGAUGAAAGUACUGGCGGAAGUGAUGUGCAAAUUAAAAAGCAAGCUGAAUUGUUGCAAAAUAAAGCAAAAGAUCUUUUGGACGCUUACAGCCAGGCGCAUGGGAAAGUUGAGCAGUUGCCUAAGCAAGUUGAAGAUGCCGUUGCAGAUUUGCAUAAGGUAUAUAACGAAAAAUUGAAGACAGUAAAUAAGGAGGUGAUUGCGGCGGUGAAAACGGCUUUGAAUGGAAGUAUGGAUACCCUUGACGAAUUGGAUAAUCACGUUAAAAGGGGCCUAUUAAAGAUUAGGGAAAGGAUUGAGACGGAAGUAAUUGAUGCGUAUGUUCGUGGUAUAGUAAGCAAGGUGAUGGAGGCGGCGGCAGCGAAUGAUAUCGGUGGAGUUGGCGGUAUGUAUGCUGGCGCUGAAAAAUUGAGAAGGGAUGCGGAUCUGCAAAAGCUAGGAUCAUUAGGUCGAAGCCUGUAUGAAAGUGCUAGCAAUGGUAAUCAGAAAGAACUGGAAAUAAUUUUAUUCUGCGUAAAUAAAGCAAAGGAACAAUGGAAUGGAAUUAAGUCUGGGUCUGACCUUGCCAAAAUCCUCACCGAUGACAUUAAGGCGGAACUAAAGAAGAUCAUCAAGGGUGAUCAGGGAGGAGAAAAAUACAAAGCAGAAAUAAAGUUCACUAAAGAAGGCGCAACAGGACCCGAUAAAGAACUCAUGUCAGACUAUAAGAAGCAGACAGAAAAGAAAGGUGUGAAUGGCGUGGAUCCAAUGGAAGACGGUAAGCUUAGACAGAAGAUUGAUGCAAUAAAAGAUAAGGUUAAUUACAUGAAAAGUGACAGAACCGAAGAAGUCAACGUUGAGAGCUUCCAAGGUUACAACAAUGCAGAACCAUCCAUAGGCAUCAACGGAAAAGGCGCAAAAGCAGCGUUGACAAGUGCAACAGCGAACGUUAAAACUGCGCUGUCUGACUUCCACAAUAUGAGCGCUUUCAAGGAUAUGCCUGAAUUCGAGGGACACACUGGACUACAAACCGAACUUGCAAAAGGAACCAUAGAAAAUUCUAAAAAAGCAGUCACCGCCCACUUCUCCACAAUCACCGACGAACUCCAGGCCAUCGCCCACUUCGUCGAUAAGAAAACGCCGGCGCCGUCGGGACAGUCGGAUAAUGACAAUGGCAUCCAAGACUGGUUAACUGAGUUGAAAGAGAAGGGGCUUAAAAGUGAGGAAACAUGGACACCAGUUACCGAUCAGACUUCCAAAGGCCUCUUGAAGAUCAAGGACGAAAUUGACAAAGCGCUCACGGUCAUAGAAAAUGAAGUGUCCGCCAUCUCCGUCGGCGUAACUACUAAAGCGCUGGAAGAUCUCUCCACCAAAAUUAAAGAAAAUCUCGACACUCUCGCUAUAGAGUUGUACAUUGCUGGUAAAAGCAUCAACGAGAAAUUGGAAAAUUUCAAGGUUGACAAGAUCGGCACGAAGCUCGACGCCACCAAAGCUUUGACAGGUACCCUGCAACAAAUUCACCAAGAUUUCAAUACUCUGCUGACCGUUGAUGUGGAGAAAGUUAUUCAGGCGGCCGAUGAAUUUAUUCGACAAGCACCUGGAAUGGCCGAGAAAACAAUUUCAUCAUUAAAAUUCGACGUCGAAUAUCAAGUAAAAACAGCCACCGAGAAGCUCACCACAGAGGCCCGCAAGCAUUACAUUUCCACCAUCAAGCUGCAGCUUGAGCAAUUCGCCGCCAGGAUGGCCGAGCAUCUCAAAGGACUCCCCGAGGCAAUUGAAAAGGACAAGCAUAUUGGGUUCAAGGGUUUAAUGGAGAAGUUGGAGAGCAAGCCGGAGAAGAAGCCUGUGGACAAACAUGCUUACAUUAUUCCGAAACCAGAACAGAGUGGAAUGGAAAAGUUGAAGACCGCUGUGAUGCAAGUGUCUUCGUCACCCGAGCAGAAGAAAGCAGCGUUCAAGACAUUAGCAGACGCUUUCCCUAACUUCGUCUUUCCUCUCUACAAGUAUUUCCUCGGAGAAAUCAAGAGAGUUCACGACGACAAUAUGUCGAAGCAUAAUCCUCCACGCACCGACGAACAACUCUACGGUCGUCACCUAAUAGCAAUAUUUGACUCCUUCGAUGCUUUACUUAGGCACCUUAAGGACACAAAUAGAUUCGACCAUAAGGUUCCAGGCCUUCUUAACAUGCUCAGCGAUGCCGUCAACGGCCUUAAGCCGGACGGCUUCUAUAAGAACAAUACACCUGUAAUUGAUUGUGUACCCACCGGCCUGACCGACUUUGUGAAGGAACUCAAAAAAGUGUACAUAUCUGCGUAUGACAGGCAGCCGUUUAAUGGUCCGUUAACAAUACUAGACUCUACAAAAAAUCUCACCGACCAACAGCAACCCACUGACCCUGUUUACAAAUUAACCGAUGAAGGAAGAGAUUGUGCAAAAGUGUUCAUGAGUAUGCUCGAAAUUCUUAACGAAGACAUGAAGUAUUUGAAAAAACAAUGCAAGUCUGAAUGGGCUUCACGCACAAUAUAUUCAGGUAGCAGCCUUGGUACAUUUUUGAGUAAUUGCGGCUACAUUGUCCCCAAGAAUGAGAAAUCUCAAGAUGGCGAAUUGAGGUAUAAUAAGCAGUGCGACGGUAAAUACAUUUAUGAUACACUUCUUGUUGGCAAUUUCCCUUGUCUGUUCGACGCGGAUAAGAAUGCCAAGCGUGCAUUCGAAACUGUUUACGAAUAUCUCCAAGCGUAUUACGUUGUGUGCCACGUCGCCACUUCCUUCUCCAAGAAGCGUCCGUGUUCCAUUUAUGAGAUGCUUGCCUGGUGUACCAGUCUGCUACAUCAUCCCGUAUACUUCGAUUUGACAACAAAUGACUUCGGUUACCUGUUUGAUGAGCCGAAGAAAAAGGAGGCGGACAGCAUGGAGUUCGAUGGCAUAUCCCUUGAAGAGCCAAGCAGCUUAUCGUUAGCGGCCUACCCACAAAAGAUCGCGCAGAGUGAGAUACACGAUGCAAUUGUACAUGUCACGUCCCUUGCUCCAGUGAUCCUGACUACCAUAGUCGGAUACGGCGACGAGUUCACCACGUACGCUGUUGACUACCGCAGCAACGCCCUUAACUUCACGUUCCCCUCAUCGGCCGGGGAGUGCCUCAACAUGUUGCUUGAAUUCCUUCGUAGAAUGAUGCCUGUGUUCAGAUUCUUGCAUCAUCAGUGUACCAACUUGGUGUCCGAGCACGGCUGGUACAGCUGCAAGUACGGCAAAGAUGUCAAGUCAGCCAAGUGGCCGUGUAGUGACCACUCAAACAGCAAACCAAAUUGCCAGGCAAUGUGCCAACCAAAUUGCCAACCAAAUAGUAAACCAAACUGUCAACCAACUUCGCCUUUAAUGUCCUAUCUAAAUGAUUGCCUGCCAGGGCAUCUGCCGCACCAACUGGUGUCAGUUGGUUGCAAAUCUAUAUGUAGCACUUGUCCCAGAAGUAAGCCCGGGAUGCCAUGUUUAACGCCACUUGGGUUCCGAGGUUUCUCAGGAAGCACAAAGACAGGCAAAGACUUAUGCAAAGUGCUGACCAACUUCUUUGGUAACGGUGUAACUUCACCCCUGCUCUCCGUUGCACCCAAACCGCCGAGCAACCUAGCAGAGCACUUCCAAUUUGCAUUGUCAUUUGUGAAAGGCUGGUCAUAUGGUGGCAGUAACGGACUCAAAACGGUGAUCGAAAAUUCCGCCAAAAGUGUGUCCAUUAACCUGUAUGACCAACCGACGAAACUAACAGCUGCACUUACUAAUGCGUACCGUAAUACGCAUAGCAAAAAUGGAGGUAAGGAUCAUCUUACUGCGUACGCUGACGUGUCUAGUCUAGCAAUGACACCAGCGUGUGAUGAUCGUGUCGGAAAAGCAUUGUGCGCUCCAUAUGUUGCAUCACUCUGUGGCGACACAUAUGCUUACUUUGCUGAGAAGCAUUGCAACACAUACCUCUCCUGGGCAAUAUAUCUACCAUGGACAUUUUGGGAUCUACUCAACAAUUUAUAUAACGCUUUCUGUGGAAUCACUUGUGCAGAUUGGGGAUGCCGUGGAUGUCUCAGAGGAGACAAGUGCAGGAGUGGCAAGCAUGGCGUCGUUGAGGAUGAGAAGAAAACAUAUGAGACUUGUCAGUGCACUUCCAUAGUAGCCUGCAGAGGCGUGGCACCGACGCUCUACCAGUAUGGAUUCAGCUUCGGCGAGGCGUCGACGUUGAAUGAUGAGGAUGCUAGAAAAGGAGCCUUGGAGGAUAUUGAUGCCCGCCGUAUCUCUCUUGGUCAGCUCGCUGGUCAGCUUUCAGGUUUAAUUGGUGGGAGUGAAGAUGUAAAAAAUGCAAUUUUGAAUGGUUUGCACAGCAAUGAACGUCUUGCGGAGAUAAGGUGUAAUGAUCAUCGUGAUCAAAUUAACACUCUUAAUGAGAAGCUUAAUAAACUUAAAAAUAAGCUUAAAGAUGAUCAAAAUACUCCUGUAAAUCUUACUGUAAUCCUUUCUAAGUGCAAGUUAAAUGGUCUUGAUGGUCCCUUAAAAGAGCUUAAAGAUGCAAUUACUGAGAAAAUUGAGAAGCUUAAUAAAGAUAUUGAGAGCCUUAAAAAAGCAGAUAAAGAUGCUAAACAACGCAAUGAAACUCCUCAAAAUGCCUCUGAAAUUGACAAGCUUAAUAAGGAUCUGCAGUCUCAUGAAGCCUCCAAGAAGUCUCUUGAUACACUGAAUGAGCUUUGUGGAUAUGCUGAUAAAAUUAAUAAAAAGCUUGUUGACGAAAAUCCCUCCACAGAAAUUCUUAAAAGCCUUUGUGGAGGCCUCGAAAAAUUUCUCGGCUACGAUAAUGGUAAUUACACCGGAGAAGGAAUCGUGUACUCCGACAUUGACAGGCUCUGCGACGGGGUGAUGGCGUUCUUGCACGGGGUGUUUAAUGAAGUUUAUAAAAAUGAUAAUCUUUCUCCUUAUAAAACCACAUUAGAUGCUGCGGUAAAGGCUCUAGAAACUCAUCGUUAUGAAGGCAAAACAGGUUUGCGUGAUGUGAUUGACAGUGUCAAGGAGGGGAUUGCGGGGUGGUUGGAAGCUGUCACGUUGUCUAACAAAAAGGUCACUGGGCCGUUGGAGAAAUUAUUAAACGGCACAGAUGAAGAUAAAAUCUCAAAGUUACUUGAAAAAAUGAAUACUAUGAAGGACGAUAAAAAAUUGGAAUACAAGGAAAAUUCUCUUGAGGAUUGGAUAAAAAAUGUUUCCAUGCUUUACGUGUAUUCUGAUCGUUCGUUUGACAAACUUAAUAAUCUCGAUCAAAACCUCCAAAAAGAAUUAUCUCCACACGUCUCCCUUAUUAAAGACAGAGUGGACACUUUCGUUGACUCCACUAAGCAGGAUCACGAGGGGCUUGUUAAGGUGUGUGGGAGGGUGGAUGAAAGGAUGAGUGAGAUUAUUAACCAUGUUGAUAUGAUUUCUAAGGGCGUAGAAGAAAAAAUUGGAAAAAUAACUGCAAUGUUAAAUAGUGAAAUUAAUGCGCUUCAAGAGCAUAUUCGGAAAGUUGUUCCGGGUGUGGAAUCGGCAAUCAAGGAGCUGGAUGGAUGGGUUAAGGACGAAGACUUUUCGAAGUCCAAGCUUCUCAUAGCUAUGCAAAAGUGUGAAGAUAUCGUUAGAUUGCUGAAAGCCGAUGAUAAUCCUUUGAAAAAGCAAUUUGACGCUAUUGAGCAAGCUAGACAGACGGUUGAUGCCGUUCAUACAGCUCUGCGAGGAAUUGACGAGGACCUAUUAGGUUGGAUUAACAAGGCGGAGCCUUUGGUAAGGCAGUCUAUUCCAUUGGUGACUGCAAUUUUGAAUGAAGUGAAUGGUAAAAAUGUUGAUACGAAGUAUCCUGAUGGUAUUACUACAGCGGCUGAGAAGCUUAAGGAGGAUGCACUGAAACUUGAACAGGCAAUGAGAGAGGCGCAUGGAUAUAUUAGUGGCAGGGUCGGCGACGCUCUGGGAGCGGUAGAAAAGCAGCUUAGAACGGCAGUUAAUAAAGACUUAAAGAGACUUAGAAAUGAAAUUACAGCCAUAGUUGGAACUUAUUUCGACGCGUUGAAAAUGGCAGAAUUCAGUAAGGCCGAUGGAGAUGGUAACGUUACCGGACUGGAAACAUUUAGUAAGCAAUUUCAAGGUUGGCUCAGGGAAGUAAAAAAAUCUAAAAUUAGAAAGCGUUAUAUAACAGGAAUCGGCGACGGUGACGACGCCUUCCAACGUAUAUUGUACGUUUUAGAUGCGCUUAGAAACAAGGAUCUAAGUAUAGAUAAUAAAAUGGGUUUCGAUGCAAUGGGGGAUGAUGCAGAGUGGUUUAUUGGGGAGUCGUUUGGUAGAGAGGAUGCAGAGGUGACGGGCGAUGAUGAUUUUAAUCCCACCGAGAAUUAUGACGGUGAAGGUGGUAAAGACUCUGUUACUGGUCCCUUGAGUCUGAUAGAGAGUAAUCCUGAUGGAUUGCGGAAAAUCCAAAAUAUAGAGGGGAGUGAUAACAAUAAUAUCACCCCUGUCUCCUUAGGCCAAUUACAUGAAAAAAUAACUUCCAGCCUUCAAUUUCUCAUUAAGAUGAUCAAUGAAAAGGCGGACAACGAAAAAUCCGAAGGUCUCAAGCAGAAAUUGCAAUUGCUGGAAAUUUUGAUAAUUAAUAGUACUGAUGGCAAUAAGGUAGAAGGCCAAGUUGGCCUACAAAAAAUAAAGAGUGACCUUACGAACCAAAAAAAAAUGUUGUCUCCCCAAUCCCAUGCCAUCCAACAAGCCGUCCAAGCAGUUCAGGAACAACUCACCAAGAUUUCCGAAAUGGUUGAAAAAAAGACCGAAAAAGAUGAUGGUGUGAAGGACCAUUUGGGAAAGCUCAAGAGUGAAAUGCAGAGGCUUCAGAAGUCGCUUAUGGAAUUGAAAGUAGGCGACUUGACUACCGAAAUUAAUACUGUUCAACGUGACUUUACUGCAGCAAAAUCUACAAUUAGAUCUUACAUUCAAAGCAUUACUAGAGAGGUCAAACAUAAUGCUAAUAUGGCUGGAAGAGAUAUCAAACGCCACGCCCUCUCCCAGUUCGCCGUGUCCAAGGCCCGCGCGCUCGAGCAGCUCAAGGAGCUGGUGGAAGAGGAGUCGGCAAAAAUAGAAUAUCUUAUCUCUUUAGACAAAAUGGCAGGACUAAAAGGAUUCAUGAAAAUAUUUAAAGAAAAGUUUGUUGAGAAAGUUAAAAACAUUGAAACAUCGCCCACCGCCAAACUAAAGGAUGGAGCAGACAAAUUACAUGAAGGCUUCGCCAACUUCUUCGAAGCACUUGGGAAUGAGGGAGAGGAAUUAAAACAACACUCCAACGUGAUACGUCCUGACGCAUUGUUCCCUGAGCCCUCUAUUUACGGAAGAUUGUAUGACCCCCUAAAAAUUCUGCUUCAUGAUAUUAAUGAUUCUGGACAUAUCAAUUACAAUUUCAGUGACCACCUAGAAUCCCUCAACGCAGCACUAUCUACCUUCACCCCCGCCAAAUUCACUGACUCCUCCAGUCCCAUCCUGCAAGCGCUCAAGGACGGAAUCGGCGCCCUGGCCAAGCAACUCGGCUACGCAUAUGUGAGCACGUACUGUUGUAGAAAGUUUGACGGUGCGUUGCUUGAUCCUCAGGAUCCCACUACGUCAGACGACAAACGCAAAUUGACUGAGUACGGCAAGCAGCUGUCUAAGGUUUUCAUGACCUGUAUCCCUGGUUGGGCAAGAUAUCUGUACGAUCUGCAGAGGAACUGCAGCGGUGAGUGGAGCCAACAAAAAAUUCAUACGCCUGAUGACAGCAAUAAGAUGGCCCUCUGGUUCCACUCCCGCGGCUUCACAGUGCCGGAAGAUGACAAGAAGCAGAAUGGUCACAUGAAGAGGGGCAUGACGGGUGAACAAAUUAAUAGUGAUAUUUUCACCAAAGAACUUACGAAGGCUUCCCAAAUGAAAAUCAAGAUUAAAGGCAGAAGCAAUGAUGCAAUUUAUCUUAUGGACAUUCUUUCACUGCUUCACCCUACGCUCGAAAGGUACCGCAAAGUAUGUCACUACUACAUCCCACCAAAGCCAAGAGCGCCGAGUAACAUCUAUAACAUGCUCCAAUGGACUGCCGGCCUCAAGUACAAUCACAUGUACGGUGAAGUCAAGAGCCAGCUUGGCAGUGUGCUUAAGGGCCUACAAAAAGAGCAUAAAUUGGAGAAGACAGAAUUACCAGUCGCCGUGCCAUACGAUAUGCAACGCGUGAUUCAAUCACCUAUAAACUCUGCCCAAUUAACCAACGCACUUGAUAACGUCUGCUACUUCGCCGGAGAAACAUUAGUCGCCGUGCUCGGCCACGGCCAUGCGGACGGUGUGUAUGCCUCCGAUCACCUCACUAACUCAAGUAAUUUAUUGUAUCCAGGUAGUGGUGGUGCGUGCUUAGACAUGUUAGUUGAUGUGUUAUUUAGACUGUAUCAGCAACUGUGGUUCCUGUGUAGGCAGUGCCUCGGUGACAAAAGUCACAGCGGGUGGAAAGACUGCUCGUACGGCAGGUACGUGUCUGGCUCAGGUUGGCAGUGUAACGAUAAGCAAUGCCCUAACCAAGAGUGUAAGCUAAGUGCCAACCAAAAGGUGAACCAAAACCCUGACCAAACACUAAAGCAAACAGCUGACCAACGCUGUGACCAACACCCCGAUUGUGGUAUGAAAUCCCCUUUGCAGUCUUUCUUAGAGGACGGAUUGCAAGGGUUCUUGCCACAUUCAUUUAGCACUCCCGGCUGCAAGUUAACGUGUACGGUAUCCAAUCAUAGGGGACUCCCGUGUAAGACGCCCAUGGGCUUUGCCGAUAUCGGUGUCCUUGCAUCCCAUACUAAAACAGGUGCGUAUCUCGAGGGUGCGCUUUACAAUUUCUGUGGUCCAAAGUCUCACCUCAGUAAACUCUGUAACAUGCUGAACUGCGUACUCCGCCGAGCGCCUCAGACGCUUGACGAUAUUUUCGGUUUCUUCCGUGGUUACCUGGCACACUGGAUCGACGCUAGAGAGCAUAAGAUCUCUGCAUUUAAUAAGGCCAUCAGGGAGGCGUAUUUCGGCAAGGAAUAUCCCUUUGACCCAACUAGUAUUUCCUAUACAAGAAACCACUCCCAUCAUAUGCAAACCCAUUCCAAAGGUGAUCUGUUCACCAUAUCCGAAUGUGAGGGUAGCGCAGUAGAUACAUGUGGUGUCUACGUCGAAUCACUAUCAUCCAGCACAUAUAGCAUUUUCUCGUCGUACCAUAAUAAGCAAUACCUGUCGUGGAUCCUGUACUCGGCUGAGACCUUGUACAAUAUGCUGGACAGAUUGUAUAAGCAGUGCUGCGGUACGUGCACGUCUCCGGGAGCAAAAUGUCACGGCACAAGAUGUGAUAAGGAAUGUGAAGUGAAAAAGGCAUAUGAUGCUCAAAAAUCUGAUGAUGCAACGCCAGAGAGCAAGUCACUCAACGGCAAAAAUCACACUGAAAAUUGCACAUCCAUUGUCAGAUGCCAAAACACACUGCCCACGCUAUAUAUGUACGGCUUCAGUUUUGGGAAACCAUUGGGAUUAUGCGGCACAGGUGACGCAUUGGAAGCUAGAAGAACGUGCAAGGAUUUCUGCAGUGCGUUGAAGAAGAUCCUAGAGGAGGAAUCCGCACUUAUUCAACUAAUCAAGCAAAUCGAUGAAUUCAUUUGGAAGAUAAGAGAGAAUUUCUCUUACACCCUCCUCGCCCUCUGGUCGCUCUCUUUGUUGUACCUGCUGCACAUCGCCGUCGUCCGCCUCGACGUCCUCAGGAUACGCUCCCACCUGAGAUCGCCCUCAAGCCACCGCAUCGCCGCGCAGUCCCUCCUCGCCGCCGCACGCUUCAAGGCACUCGCCAACGUCAAGUACUUCUCACCAUAA